GGUUUCUGAGGAAGAAAACCCUACCAGGGAACAGAGACCCACAAGCUAAGGGCACCAUGGCAACGUCAGCCCCCUUGAGGAGCCUGGAGGAGGAGGUGACCUGCUCCAUCUGCCUGGAUUAUCUGCGGGACCCAGUGACCAUCGACUGUGGCCAUGUCUUCUGCCGCAGCUGCACGGGUGAUAUCCGUCCCAUAUCGGGGAGCCGCCCAGUCUGCCCUCUCUGCAAGAAGCCCUUUAAGAAGGAGAACAUCCGGCCCGUGUGGCAGCUAGCCAGUCUGGUAGAGAACAUUGAGCGGCUGAAGGUAGACAAUGGCAGGCAGCCUGGAGAGCUGGCCCGAGAGCCACAGGACAUGAAGUUAUGUGAGCGGCACCAGGAAAAGUUACACUACUACUGUGAAGAUGACGGCAAGCUGCUGUGCGUGAUGUGCCGCGAGUCCCGGGAGCACAGGCCCCACACUGCAGUCCUGGUGGAGAAGGCUGCCCUGCCACACAGAGAAAAAAUUCUGAACCACCUGAACACCCUAAGGAGAGACAGAGAAAAAAUUCAGGGCUUUCAGGCCAAGGGAGAAGCAGAUAUUCUGGCUGCACUGACGAAGCUGCAGGAGCAGAGACAGUACAUUGUGGCAGAAUUUAAACAGGGCCACCAGUUUCUAAAGAAGCGCGAGCAGCACCUGCUAGACCAGCUGGCCACCCUAGAGCAGCUCCUCACCGAGGGCAGGGAGAAGUUCAAGACCCGGGGCGUCAGCGAGCUUGGCCGGUUGACUCUGGUCAUCUCUGAGCUGGAAGGCAAGGCACGGCAGCCAGCUGCAGAGCUGAUGCAGGAUGCCUGCUCUACACAGGACACCAAGGACUUCGCCAACAGGUACCCACGGAAGAAGUUCUGGAUUGGGAAAGCCAUCCCUCACAUGGUUAAAAGAAAGGCAGGAGAAUUCUCAGAUAAACUUCUCUCUCUUCAACGAGGCCUGAGACAGUUCCAAGGCAAGCUGCUGAGAGACCUGGAGUAUAAGACAGUAAGUGUCACCCUGGACCCGCAGUCGGCCAGCGGGUACCUGCAGCUUUCAGAGGACUGGAAGUGCGUGAUCUAUACCAGCCAGUACCAGAGUGACUGCCUGCACCCCCAGCAGUUUGACUGUGAGCCAGGGGUGUUGGGUAGUAAGGGCUUCACCUGGGGCAAGGUGUACUGGGAAGUGGAGUUGGAGCGAGAAGGCUGGUCAGAGGAUGAGGAGGAGGGGGAGGAGGAGGAGGAAGGGGAAGAGGAGGAAGAAGAUGAGGAGGCUGGCUAUGGGGAUGGAUAUGAAGACUGGGAAACAGAUGAGGAUGAGGAAUCACUAGGGGAGGAAGAGGAGGAGGAAGAGGAAGAGGAGGAGGAAGUUCUGGAAAGCUGCAUGGUGGGAGUGGCCAAAGACACCAUGAAAAGGAAAGGAGACCUCUCCCUGCGGCCAGAGGAUGGUGUGUGGGCCCUUCGGCUCUCCUCCUCAGGCAUCUGGGCUAACACCAGCCCCGAGGCCCAGCUCUUCCCAGUGCUUCGGCCCCGGAGGGUGGGCAUCGCCCUGGAUUAUGAAGGAGGCACUGUGACAUUUACCAAUGCAGAGUCACAGGAACUCAUCUAUACCUUCACGGCCACCUUUACCCGGCGCCUGGUGCCCUUCCUGUGGCUCAAGUGGCCAGGAACACGCCUCCUGCUGAGACCCUGAAUUCUACCACCUGCCUGGGUCACACUACAGAUUCUUCAGUUCUCUGAGAUGAAGAAGGGUUGCCUGGAUCCCAUACCCGUUGAAACUUCCUUUCUCUGGGAUCCCAAGACUGUGAAGGAAUGUUCUUGGCCAGAGCACCAGGGGGAGAAAAGAGGAAUGGACAUCACAUCCAAUUGCCACGUCCUCUCUCAGUGCUGUCCCUUCAUCUGUGUUUCCUGUUGUAGCUUCUCACCAUCCUGCCCAUUUCCUCUGGGAUCUCCUGCUCUGAAGACCAAAUGAUUCCCUCCUUCCUGACCACCCAUUUGUCUUGGCUCUGUGUUCUUUGUUGAGUAGGGGCAGCAGCAGCAUUUUCUGGUUCAGUUGUUAACCCACCACUCACAGGUAUUGAGGGAGACCCUCAGUGACACUUGAAGCAAAUUUUGCUAUUUUCAGAUUUGAGGUUCCCCUUGCCAGAAACCACUCUGUUGCUUACCUUCUUAAGCUCACUUUUCCUACCCCACCAGAGUUAAAUGUCUGAAAGAAGCAGGAAGUCAAGAUCACUGAAGUGUCCAAGGCUGUGUAAGUUUGUGUUUUAGAGAGCUGGUGGAAUCAUCUCCUGAUGUGGUUUGCAAAGCCCCUGGCCUCCAAACCCAGAGCUGAGGGGGUGGGACUCCCCAGGGCCAACUGUGUUUCUGAAAGUAUCUAGGUACUGUGACUCAGGCAGCAGCUUUAGUCAAUAAAUUACCUCUUUAGAGUAGUCCUUGUGAGGGGAGUUUUUAAAAUAAUACCAACAUCUUGCUCUUGAUCAGUGGUUCUAAAAACACAGAGGCCACUACCCAGGAGGUCAGAGCUACCUCUGCCCCAGUCCCCAGCUAGUGUGUCUGGGAUAGCUUUAGGCCUCUGUUGUUGACACCAAGGAGUGUCCAGAAUCACUUUCAUAGGUGGAUUGGAGGAAGGAAGACAGGAUGGUGAGGAAUCUUGAGAGCCCCCAUCCCAGGUCUUACUGUGAAGAGAGGGCCUGCAGUGUCUUCUCUGCUGACCCAUUACCAGCCCCUUUGUUAGUCACCCAGUGCCCACAGUGGAGCACCAGCUCCUGCUUAGCCAAAACAGUGCCCCUCUUUUUAUCCUUAAACACUCCACACUUCCUCUGCCUGUCCAGGUGUUAAGCUCCUCUUUGCUCUUGAGAGGCUGCUCCCAGACACUGGAUCUUGGUGGCCUUAGAGUCACCACACUGUCUCAAGACUGAACACUUUGUACAUAUCACAUGCUGCCUGAGUCACUAGUACAUAUACAGUGGCUCCCUCACCAACCUUUUGUUUUUCCUGGAAUUAAUCAUUGCUCUUCUCUUCCUUCUCUUUUAAUUCAUUUCCUGUGUCUUUAUUACUAAAUAAACUACAAGUUCUUUUCAGUGAUCAGAAA